CCGGGACAUCCGGACUCUUCUUUAUAAGCUUGACUACAACAAACCACGACGCUUGAUCUUGGUCUACCGUCUACUUACAGAUCACUGCCGAGCAGCAUGGAUCUCACUGGGUUUGAAGGUAAUUCCACAGUGGAGAAUGCCACAUCACUGGUGCUCCCCGAGUCCGAUUCCACACCUGACUUUUUGUUCAUCAACGCAACAAGUGGGUCUCUCACCUACAGGUCACAAGACCGCCAUAUUAUUCGCUCCCAAGCCCGGAAAUAUGCAUCAAAACGCACAAAAGCGGAGAUUGGGCAAAGGACGAGAAAACAUGUGUUAGCGCCUCGAAGUCUCGCUCACAAUCUUCUGAAAACUCUCCCACGGGGUGGAAACUGUCUGUCGAACGCUUCUACGACCUCGGGACAAAGCUCAAUUCGAAGACGCGGCACUCUGAAUCCUGAAAUUCCAAACGUCAAUGUUUCUGGAAAAGAACAUGUGUGGUAUUGCCGUGCGUGUGAGGAGCAACGCAAGAUUGGGUAUGGGCGUCACUAUCACGAGUCCAAAACCAUAUGCAGGCAUUUUCCGCAAACGACACAACCGAGCCCCGUCAGUAUUCUUGGACCUGGCACAAGGGAUCCAUUUUCGAGCUUACCAAUUGAAAAUCCAACGGAAAAAGACUACGAGUCGAUAAACUACGCAAGAAGACUCUGGUUAGCCGACCUAAUCCCUAACGAAAGGCCAAACAACAACAACGGGGCAAAUACGGGUUCAAAAGCCUGGUUCUGCUUUGGUUUAAAAUCACCUCUUGUUUUCCAUGCACUAGUCUUCGCAAGCUCAGUCCACCUCGACUUUCUCCGCUCGUCCAAGUUCUUUCCCGAUUCCCCACACGUUCUUUCCCACAAACUAACCGUUAUUCAUAAAAUAAAGACGUUGAUCUCAAAGGAUAGCAAGCCUUGCUUUGAAGAUCUUAUCGUAGCGAUUCUUAUGCUUGCCUGUCACGAAGAAGUGGAUACGAGCCCCAUGACCGGAGCCGAGAAGAAAUACUGGCCAUUCAGUGAUCCACUUGGCCGUGGCAAAUGGCUGAAUAUGUACUCCGGAGUUCGCGUUAUUCCAGAGCAUAGGAAAGCCCUUGUAGAUGUUGUUAAUUUGGGAGGAGGACUUGAAAGUAUAAAAUUAUAUGGACUCGCCGACUUGGUUGUCGCAGCAGAUGUUAAGGUCGCUGUGGCAUCCUUUUCAAAACCCUCUCUACCACAACUGCCGAGACACAAAGCUCACCUCGCUUCCUUAUCAGCCUGGGCAGCCUCUUUACAUGAUAUGCAUACGCCUGUGGCAUCGGCAUUUAGGGACUUUCAAGACCUUGGGAUAACAGAUAUGCUACUACAAAACCUCGAGUUGGUAGGAGCUUACACAACUGCGCUCGGUUAUUAUCACCUACGCAAGUCCGGAGGUCUUAGUCUCGCAGCCAUAACCAGAACAAAAUGGGCACUUCAACAGCAAUUAUUACUACUACCUCCAGCCCAGGAGCUUAACAAGACUCCGUUGUCCAAGCUUAUCUUUUACGAGUGCUGUCGACUCACUUUACAUAUUUUCGGGCUAGCUGUUGUAUUCAUUGAUACCUCAGAUGCCUAUUCUCACUUGCAAAUCCUAGUCACACGUCUCAAAACUUGGCUUGAGAGGUUAUAUGUCUACGGCUAUGGCACCGAUUCGGCUAACUUGCUACUAUGGAUGCUUACCCUUGGAGGAAUUGCAGCUUUGGGCAAGCCGGAACGACCUUGGUUUGCUUCACACUUAGCAGUUGUUCUCUACAGGUUAAAUAUAACAUGGAACGAUACACAAGAGAUCUUGGAAAGGUUCUUGUGGCAAGAAAAUGCAUGUGGUACUGAGGGGCGGGAGUUAUGGUCUGAGGCUGUCAAAUCCUCAGCACUGUAAGUAUAAUUUCUGUAAUCGAGAAUGCACGAUGUCGCUAUCUCAUGAACUGUUGGCGC